AUGCUGCAGCGAUGCAACCCCCACCUUCCCACCUCGGACUGGCGAGGGGUGAAGGUCGACGAAAUGGAAGGGCCAACAAACCAGGCCAUCCUCAUCCUAAACAAGGAGUCCCUAGCUCCCAUUAAGGCCGCUCACGGGGAGCUAAACUUCGGGUUUAACUCAGUGACCAUAAAGGUCUAUAAAUCAGACUCCGCCAAGGAGGAUCAGGAAGGCGGUGAAGGAGUGAUCGCGGAGAUUACCUAUGAGAUCGAGGCAUCGGAAGCCAAGGACGGCUACUUGACCGAUGCUUCAGUCCUCAGCAGCCUUGCAAAUAUGGGUCCAAUGACGGACCUAGACACAUCGGACGAGGAGAGAGCCGACACUACCGUGGUGGAGAUGCCCACAGAAGAUGUCCGUGAGGCUUGAGCAAAUAAACCUCCACCACAGUAAGGCAGCUUCUGCUGCUCUUCAGCUCCAUCUGGCCGAGGAUGGAGUCGACAUAGUCCUGAUCCACGAACCUUGGUUGGUGGGAGGAAAGGUUUCAGGAUUAGGGACUAAGGAAUAUAAGUUUCUAACAGCUCCCAGCGAAGCGAUGCAGAUAACGCGGCAGUCACCGUGGAGAGUCAGCUAUCUCCGUUCCGAGUGCUGUCAUCGUACAAAAUCGUACGAAAGGCAAAAACCGCCGGAUGAGCUGGUAAGAUGACUGGUAGAAGACAGCGAAAAGCAAAACAGGCUGUGAUGCAAACGCCCACCACACACAAUACACAAGUACAAACACAAACGACCGCGGUGAGUAUCUUUUCAACAUUAUCUUUUGUUCAAAUUUCUUCAUAUGCAAUAAAGGUAAUGACCCAACCUUUAUCAUUAAGAACCGAAAAGAGGUAAUAGACCUAACUCUCGUCUCUAAACCACUAUUAGAGAAAGUAACUCACUGGAGGGUGCUAGAUUAGCCCUCUUUCUCGGACCACAGGUAUAUAGAAACGACCCUCACAACCAACCCCUCGAAACCAGCAGUUUUCUCAAUCCCAAGGAAAUCAGACUGGCUAAAAUACAAAAAUAUUUGAAGGGAAAAAAUCCCAAUAGAUCCCCCUCCAUACCCUCAAACAAUUUCUAGUCUAAACGAACUAGUUUCAAUUUUCACAGAAGCCGGCAACUUUGCACUAAACAAGGCCUGCCCCAAAAGCAAGCCCAAAAGAAAAGGAAAACCUCCCUGGUGGUCAGCAGAACUAUCUCCCCUCCGAAUGGACUGCAGAACCCUUUCCCCAAGGCAGGAAAUGAUGAGGCCCUGUGGACCGCCUCCAAGAAAACCCUUGCAAACUCCAAAAAAGCCAUCAGGAAAGCAAAGCGAUCCUCGCGGCAUUCCUUCUGCUCAGAAAUUUAAAAUACAACUGAA